UGAUUUUGCAUUUCCAGGAUCUCCGACAAACUGUAAACAAAAAACAGUUCUCUUUGUCAGCUCCAGCACACUGCUUUGCAUGGCUGUGCACAGCAGUGUGCUUACAGUGAAGCACCAACACAGCCCCCUAGUAAAACACAAACAGCACACAGUUAACCCUUUGAUCGCCCCAGAUUUUAACCCCUUCCUGCCCAGUGCUAUUAGUACAGUGUCAGUGCUUUUUAUUAGCACUGAUCACUGUAUUGGUGUCACUGGGGAUGGCAGUGACACUAAGUCAGUUCCCCCCCCAGUGUCACAAUGCCCGCUGCAGUCCUGCUAU